AUGGCUCGGCCUGCUCGCAAGCUCCAAGGCGGGAAGCACACCACUUAUCUCUUCUACAUCUCCAUCAAGGCAGCCAAGGCCAGCCGAGAUCCUGCAACUAGUAGAGAGAUUUCAAAGAAAUGCUCAGAAAUAUGGAAAGCCAUGUCCAAGGAGGAGAGAAGGAAGCAUGAAGAGAUGGCAAAGCACCACAAGACAAAGCGCCCAAAGGAGAGAACAUCGAGCCCUCUAAGGGGAGUGAGGAAAAGGCAGAGAGGGCAGCAGAGCAAGAGAGUUACGUUCAGCAGAGCAAAGCAGCCGCUACCUCCUUUCUUUCUCUUCAUGGCACAGCAUCGUCCACAGCUUCAGAAAUCAAAUCCACACUGGACAGUGGUAGAAACUGUCAAGAAGUUAGGGAAAAUGUGGCACAAACAGCCAGAAGAAGACAAAGAAAUGUACAAAGAGCAGGCUGCACGGCUGAGGAGGAAAAAACAAAAGAGAAAAGCAUAG